ACCAAAUCCUCCUCAACAUAUAAAUAGAUAGCGUUGCAUGCUUUAUGAGAUAUAUUCAACAAAAAAGACAGAAAAAUGGGGAACACUAUAAUGGUGAGGAGAAACAAGGUGAAAGUUAUGAAGAUCGACGGCGAUAUUUUCCGGCUCAAAACUCCGGUGACGGCGAGUGACGCCACGAAAGAGUAUCCCGGAUUCGUGCUGUUAGACUCCGAGACCGUGAAACGAUUAGGAGUUCGCGCCAAACCUCUAGAGCCGAAUCAAAUAUUAAAGCCUAAUCACACAUAUUUUUUGGUGGACCUUCCACCGGUAGAUAAGAGGAAUAAGCUUCCAUACCGGAGAGUUAUGUCCGGUAAUAUACAUGUUGGCGCAAAGGAGCGUUUAGAGAUGUUAAUGCUUUCAAGGAGAACGGUUUCUGAUGUUGGUGCAGCAAGAUCUGACGUAGUAGGAGAUGGGCCUGAGCUUGGACAUACGAGGGUGAGGUUAAGGCUGCCUAGGUCUCAGAUAACAAAGUUAAUGGAAGAGAGCCAUGAUGCUUCGGAAGUGGCAGCGAAGAUUAUCAGUGCUUAUAUGGAGAGUUCCGGUGGGAUACAAGGCGGUAGGGAUAACGAUGGCCUUCGCCAGAGACUUGGAAUUGCGGAGAUAAACAACCAUUACAAAGCACGAGAGAAGCAUGUGAGUUUCGCAGAGAAAGGAGGAAGAGGAGAGAUCGUUGUUCUAUGAAGUACAAAGCAAGAGUAGCCAGCAAUUACAUAUUGUCCACUACUUCAAAAUGCAUUUGUUAGGAUUCUUAUUUUUUAUUUGUUUUUAGGACUCAUAUAUUUUUAUGGGCAUAUCUAGCUAUCAUCUCUACUAUGAUGUCAAAAACGAAAUGAGACAUUUACCACCAAUUUUUAAUCAACAUUCA